AUGCUUUUCUCACAGCCACCGACCCUCCUCUCCCUCCUCUUCUCCAUUCUCUCUUCGACUCACACCUCGGAUGCAAGACCUAAUGCUCGAGACAGAGAGCUGCUCGAAUCUCAGUACCAUUACCUCUCUGAACGAAGCUGUGCUGGCAGCGUGUGUGGAUGGUCAGGCCAACUGUGCUGUACUUCCGAGCAGGCAUGUUCGACGAAUUCUUUGGGCCAAGCCGAGUGUGUAGCCAGCUCAAGCGCAGACACCUCCGGAGAAGGACAAUGGGAAUACUACACCACGACCUACGUGGAGAGCGAGCUAGUCACGAUGACGUCCACUUACAGCUCCUUCUUUGCCGCUGAGAGCACGACUACCGCCGCUGCUGCUCCCGUCAUCUCAGCCAUCUCAUGCGACAAUUCAAUGAAUGAGAGCCCCUGCGGCACCAUCUGCUGCGCUGUGGGGCAAUAUUGCGCUUUUGCCGGCCAAUGCGCAGCGAGCAACGGAAACAGUGACCUCAGCAGUUCCUACUUGAACUCUGUGAUAUCCACCACCACGGCCGCUGCCACCAACACAGCUUUUAUUCGACCAACCACCAACGUAGCAACAACGGUCACAUCAACCGGCUCUAUGACAACGACAGUGCCUUUCAUGACAGCAUCGGCCUCUGCUUCAAGUGCAAGCAGCGCUGCCGGCAUGACCGCCACAACAGCCAACAAUGGCCUGAGUGCCGGCGCGAUUGCGGGUAUCGUCAUUGGCGUCCUACUCGGUUUAUUCUUACUUUUUCUCUUCUGCGCCUUCUACUGCUUCAAGGGUCUGCUCGACGGCAUACUGAGCUUCUUCGGCCUAAGGAACAGGAGGCGCAGGGGCGAAGUUAUCGAGGAAGAGCGAUAUUCCCACCAUGGGCGUACAUCGGGAGGCGGCGGACGAACGUGGUACGGUGGCACCGCGCGGCCGGCGAGAGUCGAUAGGCCGAAGCAGGAUGGUUUGGGCGGAUUCUUGGGUGUAGCCGGGAUCCUGGGCGCCUUGGCAAUUUUCUUGGGGUUCAAGAGACGAAGGGAUAGGAAGGCGAAGACCGAGACAACAGCGAGCAGCUAUUCGUAUAGCGAUUAUUCCAGUGAAAGUAGCGAGUCAUCAGAUCGAAGGACACGGGAUACCAGGAGAACAACAACAAGACGAUAG